AUGCCCAAGCACCCCUCUGUUCACCAUGUCUCUUUUAACGCGCUGGCUGAGCAGUAUGGUGCCCAAUUCUUCAAGGCUGCGCUCGCCCGGUAUGCUUUGCUCAUUUCCAACCCCGAUCUAACACAUGCUCAACUUGAGCAUCUGUCCGUGUACGAUAAGAUCGGGUACAACGAUGUGGACAGCAACGGCGUUGUUGACUGCUCGGUCACCAUUAACGCUGUUUAUGCCAAACCGGGGAAGACGGACCAGCGGAGCAAACACGUCCCUAGCCGAUUCGAAACUGUGCUUGUCAAUGGCAGAAAUGGAGCCUUAUCAGGAGUAACUGGCCACUGUAUCGCACGCGUUCGCGUUGUAUUAUCUCUUCACGAACGAGCCCGUCAAAGUCUCUUCCCGCCGGCGAAGGUGGCAGGCGUGCCAAUUCAUCUGGCAUAUGUUGAGUGGUUCGAUCCUUUCACAACCGCCGAAGAUCCCCAUCGCAUGUAUAUGUACUGGAUCCGCACCGCCGCUCUCCUCGUCGCCCCCAUCGCGCCUCAUCUCACCGAGCAUAUCUGGGCUGGUAUUCUGAAGGAAGCAAAGUCCGUGCAACUGGCUCGUUGGCCCGAGCCAUCCAAGCCUGUUGACAAGACUAUCGUUGAGACCGGCGCGUACAUGCGCACGACGGUCAAGACGAUCCGGGACGCUGAGACCAGCUUGCUGAAGAAGAUCCAGAAGGGAAACAACGGGCAAGGGGCGGCUAAGACGCGCUCCAAGUUCCCAGAGUGGCAGGAUGCGUGCAUGCAGGCGGUCAAGGACGCAUAUGAUGAGAAGGCAAACAAGGUUGAUGAUGCUAAGGUCCGCGAAAUCCUUGCCCAGAAAGGCCUCAUCAAGGAUAAGCGUGCGAUGCCGUUCAUUCAGCUACUCAAGAAACGGAUGGCUGAGUUUGGAGCACAGACCGCUUUCCGAAGAGGGUUGCCGUUCCCCGAAUCGGAAAUGUUGACGCAUUUCUUGCCAUACUUGAAGAAAUCUUUGAACUUGGUCGUUACAGAUGUCAUGUUUGUUGACGAGGCUCUUGAAAGGGAGGGUCCAGGUUACUCAAAGGCCAUCAUCGAGACUUCGUAA